AAUUCGUUGAGAAAAUGUAAACAUGACAGUUUUUCAAGCAGUCUGGGAUCAUGUGAGUUGAAGAGCACACGGCAAUUAACGAACAUGAAGCCAACUAUAGAUUUCAAGGAGUGCUUGAAAGAUUCUCCUAAAUUUCGAGCCGCCUUGGAAUCCGCUGAAACGGACAUUGAUGUCUUAGAAGCCAGGCUAGAGAGACUUGUGAAGUUAUGCACAUUGAUGAUAGAGACUGGGAAAUCCUUCAAGCGUGCUAGUAGUGAUUUUGUUACUGGUGUUAGAGAUUUGGCAGCAUAUUUCAAAGAUGACAACAUGAUGUCUGAUGAUACAAAAGUAUCAAACUGUUUGAAUAAAUUUGCCCAUGAAAUGGGGGAGAUGUUAAAGUACUUUAAUAUUUUAAUGGACCAAGCCAAUAGAUCUGUGUGUAAAAAUCUCAACAAUUUUGUAAAACAAGACAUUAAACAAGUGAAGGAUUCUCAGAAAGACUUUGAGAAGGCGAGCAGUGAGUUAGACAAUGCCAUCAAUAGGAAUGCCAGCGUGCCACGCACAAAGGCUCAGGAGUGUGAGGAGGCAGUCACCAUGCUGAAAGCAAAAAAGUCAUGCUUUGCCCACACCUCUGUAGACCAUGUAUUUCAGAUUAAUAUAUUGAAUUCAAAGAAAAGAUAUGAAAUAUUAGAAACAAUGCUGUCCUUUAUGCAUGCUCACAGCACAUUCUUUCAUCAAGGUCAUGACCUCUUUAAGGAGUUUGAGCCUGAGAUGAAGAAUGUGGCCACCCAGGUGGAGAGUCUAAGUGCCAAAGCUAGUCAAGAAAGAAAGGAGAUGGAAGAGAGGCAUUCAUUGGUGCAACAAAAGGACCUGUCAGACGUAGAAGGAGAAGAGUCACCAAUGGAAGGCUAUUUGCUCAAAAGAACCAGUAAAGGUUUCAAAACAUGGGUCCGGCGAUGGUUCAGCUUAGAGAACAGUCAGUUAUUGUACAUGAAGCGAGGAUCUCGAGAGUACUCAGUAAUGGAGGAGGAUAUCAAACUGUGUACCGUUAAGCUGGUGUACGACACGGACCGCAGAUUUUGCUUUGAAGUUCUGUCACCCUCAAGUUCUCACAUAUUACAAGCUGAGUCGGACCAGAAUCUGCAGUUUUGGUUGAACAACGUCCAGACAGCCAUUGCAAAAGCCUACAAAGCCAUGGAACACCGGAGCAACUCAGUGGACACAGAUGAGCAUCUCCAGAAGAACUCUUCCACCCCCUCUAGUCCAAAUCUGACAUCCACUCCUGACAAUCAACAGAAACAGCAAAGCAAAUCUCAGCAGAGGAUGGACCAAUUACUAUCUGUCCCUGGGAAUUCUCACUGUUGUGACUGCGGAUCACCAGAACCUCGCUGGGCGUCCAUCAACCUAGGAGUCACACUGUGCAUAGAGUGUUCAGGGAUUCACAGGAGUUUUGGUGUUCACAUGUCGAAGGUUCGUUCCAUCACUCUAGAUGCAUGGGACCCAGAGCUACUGAAAGUAAUGGUAGAAUUAGGGAAUGAUGUGGUCAACAGAAUUUAUGAAGCUAAUUUGAAUGAUGCAGUGGCAUUGAAAGCUACGCCAGAGUGCAACAGAUCAAUCCGAGAAUCAUUUAUACGGGCUAAAUACUUAGACAAGGCAUUUGUAAGUAAAUUACCUGGACCAAAAUCUUCAAAUAAGGUCAAAGGUUGGAGUGUCAGGCGGAAACCCAAACGAUCACCCUCUCGAGAUGUUGCUGAGUCACAGGAUAAUUCUGAGGAAGACUCAGACCUCACCAGUGGAAUCAUGGAAGCCCCUGUAGAGGGAGCUGUUUUGUCAGUCAGCAAUAGCAGUGGUCGGGAUAAUGACAGUGGACUUGGUGUCAGUGCUGAUGUCAUCGUAUUUGGAAAGGAAAUAGAAAAUAUCGGAAGAAGUACGCACAUUUCUGAUAAGUUGUUGAUAGGUAUUGACCUUGAAAGUUCAGAAGGGUCAGAUUUGGAGGAGGCUGAUGAUACCACUUCCACAACCUCUUGGGAAGACAUGAGUAAACUUGACCCUAAUCUGCUGCUGUACAAGGCCACACAGGCCCGUAAUCUCCCCGUCAUGUUGGAGGCCUUGGCCAACAAAGCCGACCCGAACUGGGUUAACCAGGAGGAGGAUGGGAAGACACCACUGAUGAAAGCCGUAGACAAAGGUUCACUAACAGUCACAGAAUUUCUGCUGUUGAAUGGUGCCAAAGUUGACCGCAAAGACAAGUCGGGAAGAACUCCUCUUCACCAUGCCACUAUCAAAGGACACACGGGACAAGUGUGCCAGUUCUUAAAGAGAGGGGCAGAUCUACACGCUGAAGACGAGAGUGGGCAGGACCCUCUGAAAAUUGCCAUUAAUGCUGCCAAUGCAGAUAUUGUAACACUAUUGAGAUUAGCCAAAUUAAAUGAGGACAUGAAAGAAGAUGGCGGAAAUCCAGGAGAUGAAACAUUCAACGAUGUGUUCAAAGACUUCACCCACAUGGCAUCCGAGAAUCCAGAGAAACUGAAACGCAAGGACAACCCUGAUCAAUAGCCUCUGUGUGACCCCUGCUGACCAGUAGGGGGGUAAUUGUACAGUUCCUGCUGACCAUUCCAUAGUGCAGGAAUAGUCCACUAUUACACAAUGUGUUCUCUAAGUUUCCAGCAGCUAGUAACACUUGAAGUACAGCCAUUUCUCAUCGCCAUUUAUUUGGACAGGCCUUUAGAGAUUACUUUUGCAUUGCUUAUCUAUCAGUUUUUAUAUUGUGUAGAUGUAUGACAUUUCAGCUUAUUAUAUUUAUUGUUUACCAGUUCUCUUGCUUUUACUUGUUGACAUUAACACUGAAUGAACAAAUGAUAUAUACUAUGUACUUAAGCGGCUGUAGUACAGAACUGCUGCAACUACGUGAAAUGUGCUUCAUGAAAUUCAAUCUCUGAUUCUCAGAUCUUACCAUUGUAUAUAUAUGGAAACUUGUCGAUGGAAGAAAGAAAGUAUGAUAUUUAUACAUUCUUUUAAGCAGAAAACUAUAUGUCAUCAUAUAUCUAAUGUGAUAUUUUCUUAUCCUCAAAAUAUACAGUAGUGAUGAAAAUAUGGUAUUUUAGGUGAAUAAUAAAAGUCAAUCAAAAUUAUACAAGUUUAGUGCCAAUUCCACUAAAAUUCUGAAACUGGAUUUGUACAAUAUUGAAGACAUUCUUUCUGAUUUUAUGAAGUUUUUUGAAAAUAGUGCUAAUUUACCAACUAAAUAGAUCCCAGAUCCAUACUAAAGUAUUAUCAUUAGAGUGUAUGAGAAUGCCCAUGUGUCUAGUAUGUGUCGUCACACAUAGACCGUUGCUUUAUGUCUGUGAAUUAAAUAAUGAUGUAUUUACCCAUGUACAAUUUUAAAAAUAGGAGAAAAGAAUUAUUGCUUGAAAUGGUUAAUAAUUAGUGGGGCUUUCCCCCAGAUACUAUAUAUAGACUAUCACUAGGGUCUAGAAAUGCACGCUAUUUUCUGUAUGACAAUUCAAUGAUUAUCAUAUUGUGAAACCAUGAUGUUGGAGGUUAAAGAGGAGUGAAAUUGUCCAAUAACAUCUAAUUAGGUCUAGGGACUAGCAGACUGUGUAAACAAUCUGUCAUUAGCACUUGCUUAGGGUCAGCUUAUUGGAAAAUACUUUUAGUUAUUGUGAUUAGCUAUUUAAAGUGGAUCAGAUCAUGCAAUGGAAGUUUGCUGGGAAGAAGUUUUACUUUGCAGUUUGAUGCUCAUCAUACACCAAGAAAAUGCUUGUACUAAUCUAUCAUUCCCGUGAAUUUUUGCAUACUGCCAGGAGUCUGUGAACGAGGUUUAAAAGCAUUUUUGAAUGCCACCAGUACAUACAUGUACCACAUCUAGGGAUAUGGAGCCAAAUUUGGUCCAUCAACAGUUUGAAUUUUCAUCUGAAAUCUUUCAGAUUGAUUUUUUUCCCAGACUUCAACUCUUGAAAAAAAAAAAAAAAACUAUGAUGAUUUCACAUUCAGUUUUGUGUCAUUCCAUGUAAAUUUAACUUUUUAAAAAAAAAAAAUGCCAUUUUCACAUUUCAAAAACAUUUAUUACAUCAGUGUUAAACAAGGUUAUUUUUUCUACAAUUGAUGAAUCUUUUGAUGAGUAUGACUCUUGUUCAAUGAGUUGUUCUAUAUAUGCAGAAAAAGAAAUGUUACUAAAAUGUGCACAUUAUCUUCAAAAUUCUUUAAAAAUUCAAUGAAAAUUCCUGCAUGAUUAUAAAAGGUUCUUUUUAGUGUGUUGAGCUGGGAAAAACAGGUAUAUACAAUGUAUCUAGAUGAUAUAAAUAUUUAUAUCUCUCAAAAUGAUUAUUAACCUUCAUUUUGAAUCUAACUUCUGUUACAAUAUUUAAAUUGGUGCAUUGUGUACCAUUGACAAUGUCUCAGUCAUUUGUACACUUUUGUAUUCUUGCAGAAUUCAUUGUAUUGAAUACCUUCCUGUGGAUGUGCAAUAUGUAAUUUUAUUGAAACAAUUAUCCUUCCAUGUAUAUGUUGGUGAUGUGUGGAUUUCGAAUUGGUAAUUCUGGGUGCAUGUAGGGACUUCAUUUUUCCAAGAAUUUGUGCCAUAUCAUUUAUUGGAGCAUAUUUGAGAAAGGCAGUGUAUAAUUGGGGGGGGGGGGGGGGGGGGGGGGGGGUCCAGUCACCAAGCUUGGCAUAAAUGUUGCUCUAUUCAUUUUGAUGUGGAGUAAUUACUUUUUUGUAAUUUUCACAAUUUCUAGGUUAGCUUUGAAGCUGCUGAUUAGGGGCAGGUCCAGGAAAUUUUUAUUAAUUUUGGUUUUCAAAUUUACCACCCUCAAAAUGUAUUAUUUUUACCUAUUUUUAGCAAAAUUUUCUGAUUAGGGGGGGGGGGGGGGAUCUGACACCUGGAAACGCACACACACCCUCUCAAUUUGCCACUGCUGAGUGAGCUCUUUUCUAUGGCUGCAUGUCGGUCAUCAAACAUUUUAGUAAUCUUGGUGGAGUGUCAAAUGUGGCCAUUUAGUAACCAAUGGUAACCUGUGUUGGGAUAGGAAUUCCAAAAUCCCCCCUACGGCUUUUGAUAUGCCUCUUUAUUUUUUUAUUGCUGCCUGUCUACUCACCAUUCUCUAUACAAGUGUCCCCCUUAUGUUUCCAUAUUAAAAGUUUUGUUACAUUUAACCUGUAGUACAGUGCAUCAUCAACACAAAUGAAUUUAGACAAUAAAUUUACUCAUAAUGCAAAACAGUGGGAUCAAAUGAAAGGAGUAGGAACAGUGUGUUGAUACAUGUAUUAAUGUUAAAGGGUGUCGAGACUUUUUACUGAUAGAAUAUAUACUAGUAUAUAUUUGUUUUCCAAAAUGAAAUUUUGAUUGGAAUAAUUUCUACAGUAUCAGGGUUUUUUUUUUUUUUAUUAUUUUUUAUUAUCAUUUAUAGUAUUCUGUCGUGUAAUGUAAAAAAAAUAUAUAUAUACACAGAAAAUAAAGGGGGCCAGUGAUGGAAUAUUUGUGAUAUAUUGAGCUUAAUUGGUUUUUUAAAAAAUCAUAUACAAAGUAAAAAAAAAUGGAGACCAACACCUUGAGGUUAAAAUUACGGAAAAUCCACACUGCAUUAUCAUGAUGUGUUGGUGAUCUGUUAUAUUUCUUCAAGUUUAAAAAUCAUAUAGUCAAAAUCUAAGUAAGGUUAAGGAUAAUUUGAUAAUAAAAGUGAUGAAAAUGGAAAAUGCAGAUUGUGUGCCUUUUGCUCCAUAGAAAACUUCAUUUGCAAACUUCAAUGUUUUUAGAAUUGAUCUCCAGUUGGAUAUGGUACUUUAAUAUAGAGGGGUUAUAGGGCGAUAUGGUACUUUAUUAUAGAGGGGUUAUAGGGCGAUAUGGUACUUUAAUAUGGAAGGGUUAUAGGGCAAUACCCAAAGUUCUAGAAGUAUAACUUUUGUUAAAGAGCAUGUAUGUUUUUGCAAGUCCUGUGUGUUUAGAUUUAAUACUGAGUGGUGUGCUCCUUUUCUACAAAAUUUAAAAUGUCUAGUCAUGUUAGCUUUGUUUCAUACACAUUUCCUUCCCUCUUUUUGGAGAUAAUAAACCAUCAUAUAAGCUUA